CGCGGGAGUAAAGUUUGUCAACGGUUUUGACAUUCCUGUUUAAUAUUGUUGAUUUUAAAUUGUUUUUAAGUCAGAUGUAAUGAAAUGGUACGUCCCAAGUCUAGAAAAAGUGGAUCUGGACAAUCCUCAAUUCUUAAAGCAGCACUUCGACAACCAUUGCAACAUGUAAGUUCUAAUGUUUCCUUAAAUCAAGAAAGUCCAGUUACAUCAAAACUAAAACGACGGGUUAGUUUUGCAGAGAAGAAUCAUGUAAAAGAGUUUGCUGAUUCAGUAGAACAAGGAACCUUGUGGAACAAUUCGUAUGAAGAAUCAUCAAAUCAAAAUACAGGACAAAUUGAUUUAAAUAAUCAGAAUCAUGAAACUCGUACUAAUAACAAUCAUUCUACAAGUAGUGAUAUGAUAGUAAGUGAAAAUAGAAAUUUAAUGAAUGAUUCUUUAGAGUUAACAGAGUGUCUAGUUACAAUGGGUUCUUUAAAAUCAAUAUAUACCGAAGAAACUCCAUUAAACAAAUCAAUAUCUUUAGCACAUCAAAGUAAAAGCAACAAUGAAGGGAAUAAUAUUUUAAUUGAAUCAAAUCACAACAUAAAUAUCUGUGGUCAUAAGAGUAUAAAUGUUCACAAUAACAUAUCAAGUUUAAAUAACAUGGAAGGUUCGGACUUGAACAAAACUUGUAUUCAAGAUAUAUCUAUGGAGGUCACAGAAAUACCUUCUUUUAUGAAGUCCAACAAUAUUUUACCUGUUAAGUGUAAACAAGUACUAGAAGAGAAAGAAAACAUACCAAUAUCUAAUAUUAUCAUAAAAUCUAAUGUUCCAUCAAAUUCAACAAAUGAAAUGAAUACAAUAUCAAAUAAAACACAAUAUUUUUGUACUGAAACAUUAGAGUUUACAGAAUGCUUGCAAUCUACAAAAGAACCACUUGAUUUGCAACAACAAUUUUCAAAGGCAAGUGCUCUUAUGAAUGAUGAGAAUAUGAUUAAUCACCAAACUCAGAUAUUUCAAAAUGCACCAAUGGAAAUGACAUGUGCUAUUCCAUUGACCUGUAGGAGAAACUCUACAGAUCAAACAGUCUUUUUUCACGAUGCUUCAAUGGAUGACACAAUGAUGGUUACUUCAGUUAUGAAUAAAAAACAAAAAUUGAUGAAUAAAAAUAUACCUCAAAUAGAAGAUGAUAAUAGAUUUUUUAGAAGUAUGAUUAAUUCUGUUAACAAGACUAAGUUAUUAGAUGCAUCAAUGGAUAUUACAGAAGGAAUUUAUUCAUUGCCUCAUUCAACAAAAGUUAAUGAUGUUACAGAUACUGUUACAAAUACUUUAAAUUAUCAAAGCUCUGCCAUAAAUAGUGAGACAGAGUUAAAAGAUGAUUCAAUGGAAUUUACUGUAGCUGCAACAAAUUUACCUCAAGUAAUACAUAAUAUAGAUAGAGAAAAAUUACCCCAAGUUACAAAAAUGAAUGCAUGUACAAUGUCAAACCAAAUUAGAUUAUCAUCAGAAAAUACAAAAAUAUUUCAAAACGAAUCAAUGGCAAUUACUGAACCUUUGCACGUACUAUCAUCUUUAAAUAUUUUACAGAAUGAUUCUCAAGAAUUAAAAGAUGUGAUAAUGAAUUUUCCUAGGAAUAAUCAAGACAUAAUGUCACCUAACACAAAGAUAUUUCAAAAUAUGUCAAUGGAAAUUACUAAUGCAAUAGCUAAUUUACCAAUAUUACCUAAUUUAGAAAAAUCUUCUGAAAAUAUAGAAAAUAAUUUAAAUACAAACGAGAAGCAGAUUGAUGUAAUUGAACAUGGGUCAUCUCAAGAGAAUUCUAUGGACUUUACUACACCUGUAUAUUCUAAUCCAAGUUCUUUUACAAUUACUUCAAAUAAAAUUGUUGAUACUACAAUAAAAAAUAAUAACACAUUUAAAUAUACAAAUGAGAAUAAUGAUAUAAUAGAAAAUAUUACAACAAAACAUGUAAAUGAAAAUAGAGAUUACAGUUUACUACAAAAUAAAAGUAAUAAUCCAAUAAAUGAAAUUUCAAAUAAAAAUGAAAAAUUAGAAAAACACGAUUGUAUAUUAGAUUCCAUAUACGAGAAAACAAGAAAGAAUCAUUCAAUGAGUGAAACUGUACAAGAAACUAAUGUUCAGUUUAACAAUAGCAAUAGCAAUAUUAAUAAAUCUGCAGAUCAAGCAGCAGAUGAUACAUACAUUUCUUCCACCACAUAUUGUAAUGAUGAUUUUGAAAAUACAGAAAAUAUUAGCACCGACAAUCAACCGGUAAAAGCUUUAACUUCAUUAAUAUCAUCUUUUGUGUAUGCAGACAUGAUAGAAGAUGAUUCAUUUGUCAAGACAAUACAUGAAGUUCAGCAAGAAAUACAAUCUAGAGAAAAUGAUAUGAAUUCAGUAGUUGAUAUUGUUAAUGCACAAGCAAUGAAUACGCAAUCUUUUGAAAAAUGUAUCAUUGAAAAUAAACAGAUUGUGAAACAAUCUGAAAAUUAUUUCAAGUGUUAUCACGAAGAUAAUAAUACCCAAGUAGAUGAUAUUAUGAUUAAUAAAGAAGUGAAUAAUCAACACAAUUCAGACAUAGUUUCAAAUAAAAUUAAUGAAAUUCAUGAAAAUAUUUUUGAAAAUAGUAUUAACAAUGAAAGACUAAUUGAUACUUCUACUGAAGUAGAAGUUAUUGGAUCAGAUAAACAAUUACAUAAAGCAAAGAAAAAUGUUGAGAACAAUUCAGCAACGUAUAUAAUAAAAUCUAAGAAAAAUUCAGACAUAGAUAUAAAUGAACACAUCAAUGAUCAUAGUAGUAACAAUCAGGUCCUUUGUAGAUCACAUGUAUUGUCACCAACAUUAAUUUUUACUUAUAACCAAAAUAAAACAUAUAUUGACGAAAAUAAUAUUAUCCCAACAGCUGAUGUGGCAGAUUUAACAUGCAGCAUGAAUGUAACAGAAAAUUAUGAUAAUAACUCUUCAAGAGAAGAAGUUAAUCAUGUUGUGUUGGAAGAAAAUAUUGGAAAAAACAAUAAUUUUCAAGAAGAUAAAUUUUCUUUGAUAGUAAAAAAAUUAAAAAUCCAUAUGCAUAGUAACGAUUGUAUAUGGGAUUUAUAUUUUGAGAAUAUAGAUAAACAAAUGAUAGUAGUUGGUUUUAUCUCUACAUCUCUAUUGAUAAUAAUAUAUACCCAAAACGAUAUUGAUACCAACACAUGUAUGAUCAAAGAUAUUAAUGUAAUUUCACGUCUAGAAGAUGAUGAAAAUGUCCUGUUAAGUAUAGCGCACAAAUUAAUAAAAGAGAAAAUAAAUAUAGAACAUAUUUCUCAGUUGUAUAAAUAUGAGAAGGAUAUUAUUCCUUUAUUAAAUCAUAUUUCAGAAGAUGUGAAGUUAAUAUUAGAUUUUAUAUUUGAUUUAAAACAAUUAGAAGAUAUGAAUUUAAUGGAAAUAGAUACCGAAUGCAUAACGUUUAUAUCAAGAAGUAAAUGUAUGGACAUUAUAUUGAAAAUUACAAUGAAAGUUAAAUUAUUUGAUAAGAUAAAUUCAUCUAACAUCAAGGUCGUUUGUAUUUUGGGUACAGUAAUAGAAAAUGAUAUUAGAGAGUUGUUUACAAAUGUGAAAAAAGAUCAUAAAUUUUUAAGGAGAUACAUGUCUGACAUUAAAGAUUAUAUUGACAUAAUGGAACAAGUUAAUGAUGCAAAUAAGAAAUGUCGUUAUUGAAUUGAAAAAGAAAAAAUUAAUCUCUUAUAAGGGAUAUAAACGAUUGAAUUUGUAAUAUAUUUGUAUGUGAAUUUGUAGACGCAUUCAAGCGUGUGUAUAAACAAAGGAUAAAUGCACAGUUAUAUAUUUAUUUAUGUGUGUAACUGCAUGUGCAAAUUAUUGUAUUGAUAUUAUGUAUAACGUGAUAUAAAAUUUAUAUUGUAAA